CUAAAAAGAAAGAACACCCCAAAACCUCAAGCCCUAGCAGCCCCCCCCCACUCCUGAGGCCACCCUGUCCCCCUGGAACCACUGCCCACCCAAUGUAGGUCCUUCCCUGAUUUCCAAAGUGACCAACAUGAUAGCCUUUGGAGUCACAGAAGAUUAUUCCCGUCCCUUCUCCCAGUUCGUUUUUCCUGGCCGUGAGAGCAAGUGGAUCUGCCCCACUUUGCCCCUGGGGGGGGGGGGUCCCCAGGGAGGGCGCCCCGGGCUGCGAGGCUGGGCCUCCUCUGGCUGGUGGAGGGUUUCCAGAAGGCCCUCAACAAUAAAGGCCCCGUGGGGCGUGACCCGAGUGCACGUGGUGCAGUGCCCGCUGCGGCCAGCAGGGGGAGCCCCGGCGCCCAGUGCCCGGCUGACAGGGAAGCUGCAGCCUACUCGAGGCUUUCUGGUGAACUUGGGGCUGGGAGUCUGAGGGGAGGUUACUGAGGGCCGGGGGCGCCCUGGGGGGAGGGCUGGAACUCAUUGGGUCCCCCUGCUGAGGUUCUGCCCUCACAGGGGGCCAAGUGUUGUUAAAACAGGCCGAGUUUAGGCCCGGGCCUGGGCCCUGCGGCCUAGCGGGCGGACUGGGGCUUGGGAAGGCCUUGCCCCCCCCCCCCCAGCCCCUCUGGGGGCGCUGCUCCGGGCGAGCCCCGUGCCCUCAGAACCCGGCCCGGCCUGAGCUGAGGCGGCGUGGGGGCACAAGUUUGGUCCCUGUGGCAUCCCGUAGGCGGCCAGUGGGCCUGAGGCCUAGGGCUGGGCCUGCUGGGGCCGGGCGGGGCAGCUGCGGCCUGGAGCCGGCUUUCCAGUCAGGAUGGGCUACGGGCAGGGGGGCCGGGGGGCCGGGCAGGCCGGCCGGGGCCUGGGCAGGGCGUUCUACAGAGACUGGAGCGGGGCGCCGCGUGCGAGGCAUGACUGCCCGGGCCCCCUCUGUUUCCCGAGUAGCUUGGCGGACAUGGACGCGUUCCAGAAGGUGGAGAAGAUUGGCGAGGGCACCUAUGGGGUGGUGUACAAGGCCAAGAACAGGGAGACGGGGCAGCUCGUGGCCCUCAAGAAGAUCAGGCUGGACUUGGAGACUGAGGGGGUCCCCAGCACUGCCAUCAGAGAGAUCUCUCUGCUCAAAGAACUAAAGCACCCCAACAUUGUGAGGCUGCUGGAUGUGGUGCAUAAGGAGAAGAAGCUGUACCUGGUGUUCGAGUUCCUCAGUCAGGACCUGAAGAAGUACAUGGACUCCACACCGGCCUCCGAGCUCCCCCUGCACUUGGUCAAGAGCUACCUGUUUCAGCUGCUGCAGGGGGUGAAUUUCUGCCACUCGCAUCGGGUCAUCCACCGCGACCUCAAGCCCCAGAAUCUGCUCAUUAAUGAGUUUGGAGCCAUCAAACUGGCCGAUUUUGGACUGGCUCGAGCCUUCGGGGUGCCCCUGCGCACCUACACCCAUGAGGUGGUGACGCUGUGGUAUCGCGCCCCCGAGAUCCUCUUGGGCAGCAAGUUUUACUCGACAGCUGUGGACAUCUGGAGUGUCGGCUGCAUCUUUGCGGAGAUGAUGACUCGGAAAGUCCUGUUUCCUGGGGACUCUGAGAUCGACCAGCUCUUCCGUAUCUUUCGCACCCUGGGGACACCCGAUGAGGCCGCGUGGCCGGGCGUCACCCAGCUGCCUGACUAUAAGAGCAGCUUCCCCAAGUGGCCCCGCAAGAGGCUGGAGGAGAUUGUGCCCAGUCUGGAGCCCAAGGGCAAGGACCUGCUCAUGCAACUCCUGCAGUACGAUCCCAGCCAGCGAAUCUCAGCCAAGAUGGCCCUGGCCCAUCCGUACUUCGUGUCCACUGAGCCCUCCCAGGCUUCCCGCCAUUGUCUGCUGGAAAACUUCUGCCGCUGAGCCGAGCACUGGAGGCCCAGCCACCCCCACCCCCCCGACAUGCCCUCCAGCUUCCGGUCCUCCCGGGAGAGAGAGGUCUCUAAGGAAUUUUGCAUCAGCCGUCGGAGGGCUGAGUUUGGGUUCUUCCUGCCAGCGGGUUAGCAAGUUUCUGUGUUGCUUGUUGAGUUUGAGGAUAUAGUUUCAAAAUGGGGGGGAGGGGCGCACACUCCAUACAUGACGGAGCGGGUUAGAUUUCCAGCCCUCCCCCCCCAAUACUGGCACCGCAGGUGCCGGGUUGACAGCAAGAGGCCUGCAGGCCACAGGCCAGGUACUCCUGACCCCUGACCCAGGGACAGGGUGCCCCCUGCUGAUUUCUUAAAUUGCAAAUGUUUGGGAGAAGAAUUGUUUCUUGGUUCAGGAACUUAAUCCCAGGCCACCAAGAAGGGACAGGUGGCUCCGAUGGCCGGUGAGGCGGGGCACGGGCACCCCUGUCUCCAUUGAAGCUUUGUUUGGUUUUGCUUCCCCUUGACAACCUGGAAAUAAACGUGACUUGUUCCUGCU